AUGAUGAUGACAAUGAUUCUGGGAUUAUUUAUUUCCAUAAUGAUUUUUGGUUCAAGUGAAAGCCAGGCUUUUUUUAAUUUUGAAAAUGAAGCCAAGUCUCUUAUCCAUCAAGAGUGGAAAUCAUUUCAGUUGGAAUAUAAUAAAAAUUAUGAGACACCAAUUGAAAAAAAAUACAGAAUGAAAGUAUUUAUGCAUAACAAAGGAUUAAUUGCCAAGCACAAUGCAAGAUAUGCCCUCAACAAGACAUCAUUUAAAUUGGAAUUAAAUAAAUUUGGUGAUUUGUUACGUUAUGAUUUUGUAAAUCGUAUGAAUGGUUUUAACAGAUCAACAAUAAACAGAAAUAAAUUAUUGGGUAAACCUGAUGAGCCAGUACCAGCUCAUUUUGUACCACCAGCAAAUGUUGAUUAUCCAACAAAUGUCGACUGGAGAAAAUUGGGUGCAGUAACAUCAGUCAAGGAUCAAGGACAGUGUGGUUCUUGUUGGGCAUUUUCAACAACUGGUGCUCUUGAAGGACAACAUUUUCGUGAAAAAGGAUAUCUUGUAUCAUUGAGUGAACAAAAUUUAAUUGAUUGUUCAAGUGAUUAUGGUAAUGAUGGAUGUAAUGGUGGACUUAUGGACAAUGCAUUUGAGUAUAUCAAAGACAAUAGAGGCAUUGAUAAUGAAAAAAGUUAUGAGUAUGAAGCAAGACAAGGAAAAUGUAGAUAUAAUAAAAAAUCUAGUGUUGCUGAUGAUGCUGGUUUUGUUGAUAUUGCUAAUAAUGAUGAAAAACAACUUAUGCAAGCUGUUGCAACUGUUGGACCAAUAUCAGUUGCAAUUGAUGCAUCACAUCAUUCAUUUCAAUUUUAUUCUCAAGGAGUAUAUGAUGAGCCAGACUGUUCAACAACUGAACUUGAUCAUGGUGUUUUGGUAGUUGGUUAUGGUACUGAUUCUGAUACUGGCAAAGAUUAUUGGCUUGUUAAAAAUAGCUGGGGUGAAAAUUGGGGUGAGAAGGGAUAUAUUAAAAUGUCAAGAAAUAAAAAUAAUCAAUGUGGUAUUGCUUCAUCUGCUAGUUAUCCUCUUGUUUAAUCAACAUCAUCAUCAUCAUCAACAUCAUCAUAUUAAAAGAUAAAUAUUUAUAAUAAUAUUUUAAUAAUAAAUUUAAUUUACAUUUACAUAUUUUUUAAUUCUAUAUUUUCUGUAAUAUAUUAUUAUUCAUUUAAAAGUAAAUUUAACCAGUGGCAUAGAAAGAGAAAAAAAAAUUAAUAUAUUGUAGAAUCUAGAUGAUAACAGAUGAUACAAAAUUUUUGACUAGAUUAUAUAUUUGUUCAUGAAAUUUCGAAACAAAUAUUUUUAGAUAAUAAAUUUGUAUGACAAAAAAUGUUUACCCAACUAAUAUUAUUUUCUGAUAAGCUUCUUCUGAUAAUUUUAUCAUUUUUUUUUUUUUUUUUUAAUCAUUUUAUGGCAACUAGAAUUUUUUUUUUCACAUGGAAUUUUUUUUUCAAAUUAAAUACAAUUUAAUAAUAAUAAUAAUAAUUUUAAAUAAUAUUUUGUAUUAUUUAAAAGUGAUGACCUUGUAUUUGAAAAUAAAUUCCUCAACUAUGAUAAAAUUUAUCAACAAAUAAAAAUGUUUUUUUUAAGCAAUAAAGAUAAUAUUAAUGUUAAAAAAAAA